AUGCAGACGCAGGUGCCACCAAUACCCAUGGCGUCGUAUGCUAGCUUCCCACCUGCGCGCAUGCCGCAGAACCCCCAGCAGCCAGCGGCAGCAGCACAGGCUGCAGCACAGGGGGGCCAGCAGCAGCAGCAGCAGCAGCAGCAGCAGCAGCAUCAUCAGCACCACCAAACCGGGGCCCAGCUGGGCGCGGACCACGUCGCGCAGGCCGUCGGAUUCCCUGGGCCUGGCGGCCAUUUCAAUCUCAAUCACGACCCCGAUGCCGCCGAUCUGGGAGUGCUGGUUGAAUACAUGGCUAACCCGUCCUUUCUUCCGUCCUCAGGGUCGCAACAAAAGAUGCAGCAGUGGCACAUUGGCCCCGUGCCGGGUAACUACGCCCAGGCGUACCAACCGGGCAACUCCACCAACCACCCAGAUGGUUUCAACGCCCAACAUCAGUAUGCCCAGCCCGACAUGAACCGUCGCAACGAUUCCAUGGACUACAGGACAUAUCAGACCCAACCACACGCUCAGGCCCAACACGCCCAGGCCCAGGCCCAGGCCCAAGCUCAGGCCCAACACCACCAGCAACAGCAUCACCCGAGCGCGAUCCAGCCGCCGAUUCCCGUGUCGCAGCACACUGCUCAGCAACAACACGUGCCACAGCACGUCCAGCAUCCUCAACACGUCCAGCAACACCCUCAGCAGCAGCAACAGCAGCAGCACGCGCAGCAUCUCGCGCAGCAGUCCCAGCAGGGGUCGCCGGCCCAACAGCACGUCCAGCAACAACAUGUCCAGCCACAGCACGUCCAGCCGCAACAUGUCCAGCACGCGCCGCAGUCGACUUCUGUCCAACCCCAGCAGGUCCACCAGCAGCCCCCGCAGCAGCCGACCCCCCAGCCGGCCCCGGCCCCGGCCCCGGCCUCCAGAGGUCGCAAGCGCGCCGCACCAUCGGCCGCUGCGCCCACCCCGACUGCCCCGGUGACGGCCCCUCCACAGCCUGUCCAGACCCCCGUUCAGCAGGCCCCCCAGAUCGCGACGCCCGUCCCCGUGCCCACGCCUCCGGCCCCGAUAGCUGCUCCAACCCAGCCUGCCACCCCUGUCGACAACGCCCAGCCCGCCGCGCAGGCCCCUCCGGCCAAAAAGAGCCGGACGAAUACACCGUGGACGCCGGCGGAGGAGCUGCGCCUGAAACAGAUGAGGGAUUCCGGUUCUAGCUGGGCCGAGAUUGCCAAGACAUUCCCAGCAAGAACCGAGGGUAGUGUCAAGAAACACUGGUACAAGGAUAUGCAUUACGCAGAGUUUGCCGAGGACGAGAGCGCGGCGUUGAUGAGUGCGAUCAAGGAGUAUGAGAACAACAAGUGGAAGGUAAUCGGACAGAAGGUUGGCAAGCCCGCAAAGGCAUGCGAGCAGUAUGCCAAGGAACAUUUUCCAGAUCUCUUCAACCCUGCGAAGCGUGGCUAG